UGAUAAGAAACCUCAAAAAAAAUUAUUGUAGACUUAAACCCCUCUCUACACACACACUUCUCCUCUUGCUUCUGCCUUUCUCUAUCCACUGGGUGUAGUCUAUAACUCUAUGGUUUUGGGAUCUGUAGGAAGAGAACACGACUAAGUCACUUAUAGCUCAGGAGGCAGAGGAACACAAGGAUCUGUGGGAGAAAGAGGUGAUAUCUCGAUCUAAACUUGGCCUCAAGAUCUCCCAGUAUGAAAAGCAGAAACAGGAUGCAUUUGUUCAGCUGGAAGAGGAGAGAAGAAAGCACAGAAAGACGAUAGAAGCCAAGAGGACAGCUGAAAUGAAAUUGGAGGCCGAGAUAGACAAGAAUACUCAGCUACAGAAGGAAGUGGCCAGUUUAAAAACUUACCUGAAGGUGGCCAAGAAGAGAUUAAAGGGCCUUGAUUCCCGUGACUCUAGAAUUAACUCCCUGAGUGCUGAUUUUGAUCGUGAGCGUAUGACCAUGGAAAGUACUCUAUCUUCUGUCAGACAGCAGCUUCAGGACUUACAGCUUCAUUUGGAGAGAGAGGUAGAUGAGAAACAACAACUUCAAUCCAAGAACCUUAAGCUGCAAAAUGAGCUUGCUGAGCUGCAGCAGCUCAAAAAGGCGAUAAAAAAGCUGGAGCUCUCUAAAGAUAAGCUCGAGAGCGAGUAUAAGGCCUAUAAGGUACUGGGUCUUGCCACUGUGAAUGGUGCAUGAUGGGAAAAUGAGAUGCUUCACCAUGUUUUGAAUCCAGGGAAAAUGCAUGCUUGUUACAUAUUUGUUCUGUUGCACAUUGCUUGAUAUUUGUUCAUUUAAGUUUUAGAGUAUUACAGUUAAUGGAUGUUGAUGACAUUGAAAUUUCAAUGAAGAAUUUACUAGAUUUUGGUUUUUGCAGUGUUAUUUUGUUGAAUGCAUGCACUUGAACAGAAGGAGAAAUGUUUUGAAGGUUUGCACUGAAUGUUACACAGUAGUGAAGAAAAACUGCUUUGA